AGUUGCUGAGCGGGGGAGGUGGGGUGGUUGUGACCAUAGAGAGGCAGCAGGGCUGAGCGCAGAUCGUCCCCGCAUGCCCUAGCUCCAUUUCCGGUGUUGCCCCCAUAGAGACUGGGGUCAGCUGGUCGCGCUUUUCCGGGGAAGGGAUCGGACCCGCGGCAGAGGCUCUUCCCGACUUCCGGGAGUGAGAACCAUAGAGCCGCCUGUGUGUGAGAGCAGAGUGCCGCCGUUCCCAUGGCAACCCGGCGCUUCCGCCCAACAGUUCCGGGGAGACUAUCGAGCCCGGCAACGCGAAGCUAGAAAGUCGCCGCCCGCUGUGUCGCCCUGGCGAGACAGCGCAACGGGCGGCCUGAAAACCAUAGAGAGACGGGGCCUAGAUAGUCCCGGGGGGCGUUAAAACACAACCACCAGCGGGGGCGGAGAUCGAGGCACUUCCGGUCACAUGACGUAGCACCACAGAGAGCGGCGGGUGUCGGGCUAGAGUGUCCCCGGCCGGCGCCGAGCGGGCCCGGGCUCCGGCGCUCGGGGGUCCGCGGCGAUGGCGGCGACGGUGGCGGACGGGGCGGGGGCGGGGGCCGGCCCGGGCGGGCGGCUGAGCGCGGUGGACUCGCUGCAGGAGGAGGCCGUGUGCGCCAUCUGCCUCGACUACUUCACCGACCCGGUGUCCAUCGGCUGCGGACACAACUUCUGCCGCGUCUGCAUCGCGCAGCUCUGGGGGGGCGAUGGCGAUGGAGACGGGGACGCUGACGGGGCCGGGCCGGGCCAGGCUGGCGGGGAGGCGGCCUACGCGGACGGGGCGGCGGCGGCGCCCGCGGGCGACGUAGGCAUGGGCGAGGAGCUGGAGGACGACGAGCUGGACGAGGAGGAUGAGCUGGACGAGGACGAGCUGGACCAGGAGGAGGAGGAGGAGGAAGAAGAGGAAGACGACAUGUGGAGCGAGGAAGAUGAGGACGCCGACCUGUGGGAAGACGCGGGCGAGGACGACAUGUGGGAGGAGGACGUGGGUGCCGAGCUGUUCUUCGGAGACGACGACUACGAUGAGGACGUGAUGGAGGAGGAAGACCUGGAGGUGGAGGUGGAGGAAGAGGAGGAGGAGGAGGAGGAAGAAGAGCAGCCACCCCCACCUCCACCACCGCCUGGACCCCUGCUGCUGCCCAGGCCUCGACGCCCCCAGGCCUUCACGUGCCCCCAGUGCCGCAAGACCUUCCCCCAGAGGAGUUUCCGGCCCAACCUGCAGCUGGCCAACAUGGUGCAGAUCAUCCGGCAGAUGCACCCGCACCCCCAGCGGCUCGUGGUGCCGGCCCCCCGGGGGCCCGGGGGAGCGGCGGCCGUGGCGCCCGGGGGACUGGAGGGACGGGCCCUGUGCGAGAAGCACCAGGAGCCCCUCAAGCUCUUCUGCGAGGUGGAUGAGCAGGCCAUCUGCGUGGUGUGCAGGGAGUCGCGGAGCCACAAGCACCACAGCGUCGUCCCCCUGGAGGAGGUGGUGCAGGAUUACAAGACCAAACUGCAGAGCCACCUGGAGCCUCUGAAAAAGAAGCUAGAUGCAGUUCUGAAACAGAAAUCCAGUGAAGAGGAGAAGAUCACUGAGCUGAAGAACAAGAUGAAGCUGGAAAUCAAGGAGUUUGAGUCAGACUUCGAGCUUCUGCAUCAGUUCCUUAUUGGGGAGCAGGUGCUAUUGCUGCAUCAGCUGGAGGAGCGCUAUGAGGGGCUGCUGGCCCGCCAGAGCAGCCAUGUCAGUCAGCUGGAGGAACAGAGUGCAGCCCUGGGCCGCCUCAUCGCCGAGGCCGAGGACAAGAGCAAGCAGGAUGGGCUGCAGCUCCUGAAGGAUAUCAAAGGCACCUUCAUCAGGUGUGAGAGCGUCAAGUUUCAGGAGCCUGAGAUGGUGCCAGUUGAUGUGGGGAAGAAAUACCGCAAUUACUUCUUGCAGGAUGUGGUCAUGAGAAAGAUGGAGAAGGUUUUCAGUAAAGUCCCUCAAGCUGAUGUGACCCUUGACCCAGAUACAGCCCACCCGCACCUCAGCUUGUCCCUGGACCGCCGAAGUGUCAAGUUAGGUGAGCGGCGCCAAGACCUGCCGGACAACCCCAAGCGCUUUGACUCCGAUUACUGCGUCCUCGGCUCGCAGGGCUUCACCACGGGACGCCACUACUGGGAGGUGGAGGUAGGGGGCCGCCGGGGCUGGGCAGUGGGGGCAGCCCGGGAGACGGCCCGGCGCAAGGAGAAGGCCAGUGGCCCCCACCAGAAGCGGGAGAUCUGGUGCGUAGGCACGAAUGGCAAGAAGUACCAGGCACUGACAGCCACAGAGCAGACAGCCCUGUCCCCAGGGGAGAAGCCUCGGCGCUUCGGUGUCUACCUGGACUACGAGCGGGGCCAGCUGUGCUUCUACAAUGCUGAGAGCAUGGCCCACAUCCACACCUUCAACGCCACCUUCCGUGAACGCAUCUUUCCCUUCUUCCGCAUCCUGGCCAAGGGCACCCGCAUCAAGAUCUGCACUUGAUCCCUCGCCUGUCCUUCCCCUCCCACCUUAGGCCUUCUCCCAUGCUGGGUCUCCCUCCCCUGCUCCCCCCUGGCUACUCCCUGGGAGAUCUGGCACUGCACAGAGGCCUCGGGGUGGGCACCUCAGCCAGCCCGACAUUCCAAAGCCUGCGGAGUCCGUGUGUUGCUGUCUCUGUUCAGAGCGUGCAGGGGUGAGGUGGGGUCUGUUCUGUGGGCAGCAGACAGACCAUUUCGCCGGCAGCCUGCCGUCCACAGCACUGUGCAUAACGUUCCUGAACAUGCUGCUCUGGCCCCACUGCCUCUGCCCGUCAUACACAUGAGCCUCAAAUUGCCUAUGCCAUCCUGCCCCUCAUAAUGGUGUUGCUGCAGAGCCAUCGCUCCUUUGGGCAUUGUGGGAGGUGGCUGAACAAUAGCCUUUGCAGAGCUUGCCAGAAGAUGGACUGUGCUCCUGCAGAUACUUUGACCCCUUGGCCUAAAAGCAUAUGGAGAGCUCUGUUCUGCCUAUCAUUUCCAUAGUGACUUGAAUAAACUGGGGGCAUCGAUCAUAUAAAUCACCAUGAAUUACAGUGGGACUUGUGGCCCUGCAGUUGCUCUGAAAAAUUCCUGUCUCAGGGCCUGCUCCCUACCCCUGAACCUGCUUGGUUCCCUACUAGUGUUUGGGCUUGUAUCCAAACCUACAAAAACUUUGUUUCCCACUGCCAUUCCUGUGUCUGGCUCCCAGCGCCUGCUGCUUCUCCUAGCCAUGCCUGUUGUCCCUGUGUCUGUACUUUUUUUUACUUUUUCCAAUUCUCCGGAACAGCCUCCUGUCCCACCACCACCACCCUAGACUUGAUCACCAGCUCCACACCAGAACCAUCAGUCACAUCCCUCCUUGGUCCACUUUGUUUUUACCUUCCAUUGCAGAGCCUGGACAUUUUAAUCAAUUCAUCAAUUUUUGAAGCAGCCAGGCUGAGAUGAGGGAGGGGGGUGGGAUGGCUUCUUUGUUACAAGUAUAGAUGUCAUCAGAGAACCAUUCACAAAGUGACUGGAGAUGCCUGGAACGUUGUGGCAUGCUUCUGUUACUCACCUUGUCCAUCCAGGGCGUCACUUUGAGGCCACGGUGGUGGGAAUCCAUCUCCUCUUUUCCUAUGCAGCUUAGAGCUCUCUGAGGUGUAGGUAUUUAUUUUUUGUCCCUUUCUCAGCUGCCCUCUCCCUGCUGAGUUUCCAACAAGCCCCCUCCCUCCUAGAGAGACUCUAAUUGCACCUGCUGUGUUCUUUUUUUCCCCCAUUGGCAUUACAGAGCUAGUUUGAAAUAUUUUUGCCUAAAACAAGAGUUAAAUGGAGAUUUAGUUUUUUGAAAUGUUAAAAUAAUAAUAAAAGGAUUGUACAGUUCA